AUGACCACGAUCCGAAAGAUCAAGAAAUACACAGUUUUAUGCCUGCUGGUGUUACAGCUGAGCAGAUUGGUCAACUAUGUUUCUGAUUUUCUGGUGGCACUGAAUCCCAAUUUGAACCGAUACUCGUCGUACAUGUACUUGGACAAACCGCCUUGCCCAGAAGACCCCAAGUUAACGUUGUUGCGACAAGCGACCAACCGUUCAGAUAGGUUUCCUUCCAUCGAAGAGCGCGUCCGAGUCUACAUGGCGGACUGGUAUUAUUGUCCGAACGAUCUCGACCACAUUCAUUAUGAAUACCAGUACACUGCUAAAGACAACCGCCGGCAUCUUCAUCUCUUCUCCGAAAGUCAAGGACGAAAUUAUUCCAUUCCGACGCUCGAAAUUCGCCAUGAUGCACUCAGUGUCGUUGACGCAGAAUUUUUGCAAAGCAAAAAGUGCACCACUGCCGUUCAAGGCGAUUACUGUCGCGACUUUUUCAAGGUCCUCCAAACCUCCCAAAGUUUGAUAAAAGUCAACAAUGCCAGUGCGCCCCUUUUGGUCAGCUUUGGGGAUGUCGCCAACGCGUUUUUCGUUCCUCACUUUACCAAGGUCAGGGCCGUGGGAAUGCAAACGCAACUACAAACGCAUAAUCGGACCAGCACUGAACCAUGCGUUCGACUGCCGAUGCCACUCAGCAAUGUCAAGGAAACGACAACAGCAAGCACCCAAGAGCCCUUGAUGCCAACAAAUGUGCAUGGGAUUGUCUCCCGGAUCAGGGUCGGCCGACAUUUUGGUCCAGUCCGAAAGACCCCGAACUUCGAUAUUCCUUGGAAUGAAAAAAAGAAUCAAGCCGUCUUUCGGGGUAAACUCACCGGGAACAAUUCACCUCACGAAAGGCAAGCCCAACAAACAACACUGCAUGAUGCACAGAAAUAUCUAAUCAUUCGUCGUUGUGCCAUCAUCCUGCACAACCUGCAUUCGGAUUUGGUGGAUGCCAAAUCGACAGGUCAACUGGGCCGUGUUCCUUCCCGAAUACCAUACAAUGGAACUUCUAUCAGGUUACUCGGCAGACCUCUGGGCCUCGCUUCGCAGCUGCAAUUCAAAGCGCUCAUUAUGCCGGAAGGCAAUGAUGUCGCUUCGGGGUUGAAAUGGGCGCUGUACAGUAACAGUGUGGUCAUCAUGCCCGAGCCGACGAGAACGACUUGGGGGAUGGAAGAACUAUUGGUUCCGUGGAAGCAUUAUAUUCCCAUGGAGCCGUAUGGAAAAGAUGCCCACCAGAAGAUGCAGUGGGUGUUGGAUCACGAGGAUGAAGCACAGAUGAUUGCACGUCGCGCCACGUUAUGGAUGGAAGACUUGCUCUUUCAUCCGGAUGCGCAAAAGGAUGACCAAGUCAUCAGUCGAGAACUGAUACGGCGAUAUUUCAAUCAUUUUCCCGAUCAGCCAGGGAGAUGA